GGUUGCCAUGGCAGCGGCCGGGCAAGCGGCUGGGCUGAGGGAAGAUGGCGGUGACGGGUUGGCUGGAGAGUCUGCGGGCGGCAGAGAAGACGGCGCUGCUGCAGGACGGGAGAAGGAAGGUGCACUAUUUGUUCCCAGAUGGGAAGGAAAUGGCCGAAGAAUAUGAUGAGAAGACAAGUGAACUACUUGUGAGGAAGUGGCGUGUGAAGAGUGCCCUGGGCGCCUUGGGCCAGUGGCAGAUUGAGGUGGGAGAGCCAGCACUCCCAGGAGCAGGGAGCCUGGGGCCUGAACUCAUCACGGAAAGCAAUGCCAAUCCCAUCUUCAUGCGCAAGGACACCAAGAUGAGUUUCCAGUGGCGAAUUCGAAACCUCCCGUACCCUAAGGAUGUCUACAGUGUCUGUGUGGACCAGAAGGAGCGCUGUGUUGUCGUCAGAACAACCAACAAAAAGUACUACAAGAAGUUCUCAAUACCUGACCUAGACAGGUAUCAGCUGCCUCUGGAUGAUUCCGUGCUGAGCUUUGCUCAUGCCAACUGCACCCUCGUCAUCUCCGUAAGAGUCAUUCAGACUUCUUGGCCACUAUGUCGGGGAAAGGCUCCUUCCCCUGCCCACUUCCCAUCCUACUGGAGUCCUCAGUUCCAGCCCCAGCUACUCCUGGGGUGUGCUUGCUAGAGAACAGGCCUGUCUGCCUCAGCAUGGCGUAAGCUGGUGAGGGCUCAGGAGGAGCCUGAUUUUAAAAUCAUAGCUGGAAGAGGACAGAGGGUGAUGGGGAGGGGUAGAAUCCACAGAACUGGGGAUCUAGAUGGUCCAAAGGCCUACCCCUACCCAGCCAUGUGACCUUGAGCAAAUCAUUCAACCUUGUAGGCCUCAAUUUCCUCAUUUUUGAAUAAAGGGGGUAGAAGGGGCAGAGAGAGAGACUGACUGUGUGUGUGUCUGUGUCUGUCUGUGUGUGUGUGUGUGUGUGGCGGGGGGGUGAUGUGACUGAAUCAUGU